AUGUUCUUCACUAUACCUAUGACACCAAUUAUUUGGCUCAAUCUUUUGCUUUGCAUCAUCUCUGAAAAAAAUAAAACUUUCCCUAUAAUUAACCUCGAUAAAAGUGAUGAAAUUAUCACAUAUACUACUCAUUCUGGCACCUCAAACAGCUUUGAUAUCCUCGAUUACAACAAUUUUGAGCCAUUGUUUGGCUCAGAAUUUCCAUCCGAUCCUUCGCAGUUGAUUGAUUUCGAUCAGUUGAGUGAAAUUGAAGAUAUAAGCAGCAAAGAAUCGAUACCCGAGAUCACAAAUGCUCCUCAUCCUGGCUUUUCAAACAGCCAUGGUUUGUUGGGCCACACUAAUUUGGACUCAUUACUUGGCUCAUAUACAGAUUCAAAUAGGAAUGUGUGGAGAGAUGCUAAUGGAGAAUUAAAAACAAAUGAUGAUGAAGCACGAUAUCCUAUCAUUAGAGAUAUUCAAAGUGGAACUUCUUCGCCACUUAAUGUCGACACCGAUGACAUUAUUACAUAUAUGCACUUACCUGGUUCACAACAAAAUGCGGUUCCGAUCUAUUUUCACCAACUUACUCUUUCCCCAGAUGACACAUCCGAUCAACACGGAAAUGCUGAGCAGAACAACAUGGGCAAUAAGCACUUCUCGGAUAAGUUGAUUGUCCCCGACUACAGGGAAAAUGAAGGAUCAGAAACAAAUACUCAAAGUGGAACUUCUUCGCCACUUAAUGUCGACACCGAUGACAUUAUUACAUAUAUGCACUUACCUGGUUCACAACAAAAUGCGGUUCCGAUCUAUUUUCACCAACUUACUCUUUCCCCAGAUGACACAUCCGAUCAACACGGAAAUGCUGAGCAGAACAACAUGGGCAAUAAGCACUUCUCGGAUAAGUUGAUUGUCCCCGACUACAGGGAAAAUGAAGGAUCAGAAACAAAUGACACAUCCGAUCAACACGGAAAUGCUGAACAGAACAACAUGGGCAAUAGGCACUUCUUGGAUAAUUUGAAUGUCCUCGACUACAGGGAAAAUACCAAUGAAGGAUCAGAAACAGAUAAGAAAAAGUAUAUUUGUCAUUAUCCCGGCUGUACUGUGAUCACGAAAAAUUACAACGAAUAUAUAACACAUAGAAAAACGCAUCAGCCCUUCAUCUAUGAAUGCAGAGUGACCAAUUGUGGACGGACAUUCCACCAUGAAUCAUCAUUUCGCAAUCACAAGCAAACGCAUGAACCUCAUCCUCAGUGCGAGGGUUGUGGCAAAUUCUUCAUCAACAGGAAUGGAUUGCAUUGUCACAAAAAGAGCUGCAAAUCAAAAUCCCGCGAACGAAGCUACGAAUGCCUUUAUCCCGGAUGUACUAUGAUCACGAAGAAUUACAACGAAUAUAUAACACAUAGAAAAACGCAUCAGCCCUUCAUCUAUGAAUGCAGAGUGACCAAUUGUGGACGGACAUUCCACCAUGAAUCAUCAUUUCGCAGUCACAAGCAAGCGCAUGAACCUCAUCCUCAAUGCGAGUGCUGUGGCAAAUUCUUUUGCCGUAUGGAUGUACUGAAGUCUCACAAGAAAGUGUGCUCCAGAGUUCCUCGUUAG